GAGCAUUGUAGAUUAAAUGCCUUGCUCACGAGCAUAGGUGCCGGGGGCUUGGGAUUGAACCUCGGACUUUCCAUAUCAUAUAUAGCCAAGCGCCUUCUUAUUAUGCGUCGGGCUUUAUGAAACACCCACCGGAUCAGGUGACCACAGGCACGUGACCACAUCCUUCGUGUAGAAAUACGUGACAGAACUUCACGGUUAGACUGUCUAAAAAUUUGGUAUUUCUUCCCUUUUCAGCCAAUAUUGUCAUGGAGGAGGUGGAUAAUAUUAUCAUACACACAUUCAGAGAAAUCGGAUGUGAUCUUGAUGAGGAGGUUGUGACCCUGCGUCAGUUUACACCUGAGCUUGUUGUUGAAGCAUCAGUAAGAUGUUUGAGAUUGAUAGACACCAAUACAAACCUUCCUCAUACAUUACCUCCUGGAAUGUCGGCUAGAUUCAGGCUUGGUACUGACCUUGCGAAUGCACUACAGUCUCUUGGUUUCCGUGGGGACAUGGGUUACCAGACGUUCCUGUAUCCCAACGAGGCUGAUAUCCGUCGGCUGAUGAUGUUCCUAGUUGAGAAGCUACCAAAGGAAUCAGUAACUAGCACUGAUGAGCCACAAGGAACUUCUGCUAUGCUGAGCCGUCGGAUAUCAUCAGAGAUUGCACGUCAGUUACAGAGUCCUUGGGUCCCUCCGCCUUGUAAGAGACGUUCCAUCCGAUGGGUCGGACCAAAAGAAUGGCAUAAAGAGGGUGCAUUAGGAAGUCAUGCCUUUAGGAGUGUUCCUCUUGCCAUUCCCACUGGUCUAGCUGACCUUACAAAGCAGAUUCCUAAAGAUAUCAUGAAGUAUUACAACAACCACAUGCCUUUAGUCAAGGAUCAGCCGGCAAGAGAUGAAGAUUUAGCGCCCUCAUUGCUGGAAUUUAAUGCAGCCUCUGUGACUGCUGCUCAAGAAUGGGAAACAGAAUGGAAUACAACGGGUCUGCCAUCAAGACUAUCACAAGAAGACUAUAAGGCCAGGAAGAGAGAACGUCUUCAGAAGAGGAUGGUCAGUGAGGUCCGUCAAGGAUUGCAGAAAUCAGAGCAACUAGACCGUAAGUCAGCCACAGCGGAUCUCAUGCAGAUGCUGGAUCUCUUAGGUCAGAAGAGCGCCACCAAAGGGAGCAAGGGAUCUCGCUUUACUCAUACUGAAAAGUUACAGUUUGCACAGGAUGAUGAAAAGACAGCAGCUCAGAUUGGUAUAGGUGAAGGAGGUCCUCGAGCUGAUACAGAGGAGGAGUUGAGGCAGAAGAGAGAAGAUGAACAGACAGACUUGAAGGAUCAGUUGAAUCGUCUCAUGACACAGCUAGAAAGCCUUGAAACAGAGUCUAAACAGUUGAGUGCGAGUGUGCAACAGAUGGAGGACCAGACGAUUGAGAAGAAGAGAAGUAACUCUGAAAAGGAAGCUUCUUAUAAGGUGAAGAAAAAGACCAUCGACUUGCUUCCAAAUGCAGAGACCAAUAUCAAACUAUUACAGGGUGUUGUUGAGAAGAGUGCUAAUCAGUUAGUGAGUUUAGCCAAUCAAUGGGAGGAGCACAGAGGUCCACUCAUAGAGGAAUACAGGAAAACCAAAGAUGAGGUCUCCAAUAAAGAGUCUGAAUCUGAAAAGAGAUUAGAAGAUAUCCAAGCUUUGAGAGAAAAGAUGAAGAAAGUUGCUGAGGAAACCAGAAGCAAGGAGGAUAUGCUUAAACAACUUGUUGCUGAGUACGAGAGAAUGGCCAAAGAUGUCAAUAGAUCAGCUUACACUAGAAGAAUCCUAGAAAUCGUUGCCAAUAUUCAUAAACAGAAAGACGACAUCAAUAAGGUACUCGGUGACACAAGAACACUACAGAAAGAAAUCAAUCAGGUAUCUGGUAAACUGGACCGUACUUUCACUGUCACAGAUGAACUCAUUUUUAGGGAUGCAAAAAAAGAUGAAGCUGUUAGGAAAGCUUACAAAUACCUUGCUGCAUUGCAUGAGAAUUUUGACCAACUAAUAAAAACUUUGGAAGAGACUGGAAGCAUCUUGAGAGAAAUUAGAGAAUUAGAAGAUCAGAUCGACACAGAGAGCAGCAAGAAAACUGUGACCAAUCUGGAGAAGAUCACCGAUGAUUACAAACAGAUGAAACAGGAAAAUGCAGCCCUCAUUGCCAAGUUAAAAGGAAAGUAAACUCAAGGAACUGAGAAAGGUCAGUCAGUUCUGAAGUGAAGAAAUGGAGCGGAUGUCUCUAAACCUUACACCAUGUUUAAUAAGUUGUUCCCACAGGCAGCUAUGUUGGAAGACAAACAGUUAAAAAAAACCUGUGCAUCAAACUGAACAAUCAUUUUUUGGGGGGUCUAAUCACAGCCUUCCCAUUGUUAAGUCCUCCACGAUGGUCGCUUGUGACAUCAUGUGGGAACCCUCCAUACUGGGCUCUGUCUCACAAAGACUUGCGAUUGAUCCGAUCAACUACGACUAUGGAAAGCCAGCAACGUCAACAUCUAAAAUGUAUGUUUUUUCGCAAUAUUAUCUACAUAUGAUGUAAUUCAUACAUUCAUCAUUUGUUUAAAAUUCAGUUAACAUUUGUUUGUAUACAAAGGACAUUUUUGUAAUUUCCUGUAGAAAAUAAAAUAUGACAUUGAUGGAUUUCCAUAUAGUUGAGCUUGAUUGGAUCAAUCAUAACUCUUUGUAAGACAGGCCCCAGGGGUCCGUUGCAGAAAGAGUUGCGUUUAAACGCAAGUCAAAAUAUCAAUCGCAAGUCCGAAAUGCGUGCUGUUGAUUGGUUGAAAAUCAAGUUGCGCAUGAUUUUUAGAGUUGCGAUUGAUUGCAACUCUUUCUGCAACAGGCCCCUGGUCUGUAUUAGAGUGGGUGUUUGUGAAAGUGGGGCCAUGCUCAUCUAUACGCUAUUCUACAGCAAUUUGGACAUGAUCAUUAGGCAGGGGAAAUAUUUAAAAAGUUCCCUGUAUAUGUUCAUUCCAGACAGGGGAGUACUAUUUCAGGCUCAAUGAUUUUUCUACCCAAUACUUACCAUAAUGGUUCUUGAAUGCAAUGCAUGAUGGGACAGAAAUCUAGUAUGGCGUAAAACAUAGUCCUCUUUGAAGUUGUCUCCAAUAUGGUCAUUAUUGGUCGAUCAAUAUCAUUCAUAAUCGUACCAAAGGUACAUAAAUCCUAAAAUAUAUUCAUUUUAAUAUAAAUAUUGUAUAAUCAAAUGAAUUGUUGAAUUGAUCGAAACAGUGAUGAAAAUGUGUUGAAUAGCAUAGUGUGUUAAUAGUUAAUAUGCUGUUAGAAUUUUGUCCCAUGAUGCAUUGUGAUGAAAGAACCAUGAAUGUACAUAUUUGAAACUAAUUCCACUGUCAGCUCUCUCGUAAUAAUCCAAUCUUCUGUUUAUGGACAGUAUAUGCAUGGCUGCUCAGAACUUCUGUUCUUUUUUAAACAGUAUUUUAGAACCAGUUUGGCAAGCAGAAUGCUUAGUAUCUAGAAAUUAGAUCAAGAUGGUCAGUAAUAAUAUAAAUUUGAAGUUAGCAUGAGAAUGAUACAUAACAUGUUAAAUUAGCAAAAUCCUUCUGUUUUUGAAGUAAAAGUACACUUGAUUAAGUAAAACCUGAUCAGUGUAAUCAAUAUUUGUAGCUUUCGAAUAUGUGUAGGUUUGUGAUAGGAAGUGAGUCUGUUUUGAUAAGACUAAAGGCAAGCUCAUCUAGUAUAUGUUUGUAUCAGUGUCUGAGAUGUGUUUUAAUCUACUGUUCCUACUACAUUCCAUGUGCUUUACUUUUUGCGACCAUUGUCACACAAUAAAUAAAAACUGCAUACCUAUGUUUAUUAGAAUAGUGAAAAUUUGUGAUAAAAUCAUAUCCAAUAUAUAUAUGGGUAGCUAAAUAUAAUCAAUAUCUAUCCCUUUCUUACUCACUUUUUGUACUCAGUAUUUUUAUACACUAUUUGACCCUUGAUCACCAGACCAUGAGAUUUUUUGAAGAAUUUGAUCAAAAAUUUUUGUAGAUUAUGCCACAAGUAACAUGCAUACCGAUUUUCAUCGCGAUCAUGUGGUCAGUGAGGCCGUUCUCAUUACGAUUUCUAAAACUAUUUUACUGUUAACCGAUUCAGGAAACCAGUUUGGAAGAUCGCUUUGCUAGCGUUCCCACUUGAUCAUACGAAAGUGGUUUUCAAAAUCACUUCACGUAAAGCAAUCGCGCGAAAUUCGAAACCGAGCAUGGUGUGUCGUGUGGAGUAGCGCGCUCAAAAUGUGCAAAGAUCGUUUCCCGAAGAACAGUUGUGUCCACACUUACGCUAAAACCAGUUUAACAAGGCAAAGGGAUCUUGAAAACUACAUCACAAGGUGGUUUUCUGAACCGGUUUGGAAGAUUGCUUCGACCGUUCUCACUACACGUUAAACUAAUUUCCACUAAACUAGUUUUAAGAAGGUAGUGAGAACAGUGUCAAUGGCCGAGGGCAGGGGGUGGGGGUGCUGAAUCCCCCCCUGAAAGCUGGCACAAAAUGUCAGGCAAAUUGAACAAAAUAUUUUGUUUUUGUCUUGGAAAUGUGGUGUGUUCUGCAUGCUUCUGUGUAUUAAUGGGACAGAUUGCUGCGCUAAGGAUGACCAGUUUGAGAAAUGUGUUGUGUUGCAUCAUAUUUGAAAAAAAGAUGAUAAUGCUAAUUUUUGAUAUUUUUUGUCAUUGGAGCUUAUACCAAAAAAUAAAAAUAAACUCAAGAUAAUGGCCCAUUUUCAUGAACCCUGUUUUAUAGAACUGAUAACACAUUUGAGGGAUCAAAACUUGUUCUUGGCCUGUCAAAUUACAGUCGGUUGUAUGAGUGACAUUCUUUUAUGUUGUAGGGCAUGUGACCUUGUCUUAUGAGAUUGAUUCUUAUUAAUAUCAACCUGAGAUACAUGUAUAUACCUGGAUUGAGCAAGGAAAAUCAUUAUUUUAGCACCAAGUAAAUGAAGAAAUGUGUUCUAGAUUUGCAUCAUUAAUGAUAUCAUGUUUAUACAUUAUGCAUUCACAUAAGAUAAAAAAUUAUCAUAGUAAGAUUUUUUUUCAACUGAGACUUGAAGGUAGAUGUAUUUCAUUCAUACUGAGUUGGUAUAAUUAAGAUAAGAGUACAAAAAGGGAAAUUAUAAUGAUGAUGUGUAAUAAUAAUUAUGUGUAUUAAAGAUUAUACAAUUUUCAUUACUGAAGAAAACUGGGAGAUUUUAUAUACAGAAUAAAAUAUAUUUGAUGCAUACAA